CUGAACCGGUUGCAGCUCGGCAGAACCCGCCCUCCCCGCUCAGCCCCGGGCUCUGCCAGACCCUGCAGCCGUAGGGAGCUGGGGGGAGGAGACCCACAGCAGGAGGCCACCGCUAGCACCUACAGCCUCUUCGUCCCUCUCCCCCUGUGCUGGCCCUCGCUGGCCUUGCUUUGCUCGUGGCUGACAUCGCUGUCUGGGGAACUGGGAAAGCAGAGUCCGCAGGGCACUGUAUGAGCAAGAUCUCACCUCUGGUCCCUGCACGGCUUCCCUCCUUCCCUCAGAAGGACUGCGGGCCGUCUGCACCCUACGAAUGGCAUAGCCGUGGGACAUCAUCCUGCCCUGUGCUGCUGGUGCCCCAGCCUGGGCUCCUGAUGUCCGUCUGUGGGGCAUUAGAAAGAGAAUCUGGAGCUGAGAGGGUCGUUGUCUCUCCAUGCAGAAAAUGUCCUCCCGGGAGCGAACAGCAGGCUCCAGGUCGCGAGCGGAGAAGUCACGACCGCUGACAGUUGCUGCUCCCCAAGUGGAAAUCGUCCCCGGGCGCCUGACUGAGACUGAAUGGCUUUCCCUGGUCGCAGCUGAGGAAGGGGAGGAUGAGGCUGGAGACAUUUUUGCAGGGUUCUGGGACCACGUGAUGGACGAGUGCUACAAAGUCUACCUAGCUCGGCAGUGCGUGCCCUUCACCAUCAACCAGGCAAAGGAUGCCAUCCUGCAGAUCACCGAGUGGCGCUUCCUGCUGCGGGAUGAGGGAGAGCCGAACGUGGAGAAAGAUGCCACCUGGCAAGAAGAUGAAGAGCCUGAGCCCCUCAUCACAGACUCCUGGGCACAGGGCUCCGUUCCUGUCGUGCAGGAGCAUCUGUUGCCAAGCUCAGAAGAGACGGAAGAGCGAAGGAGGUUUGGCCCCUUCUGUGCUGCGGCUCUGCUUGCCAGGUCACUGUUCCCUGUGCGUCCUCCUCCCCAGCAGCGCUGCAGCGGCUGUUCAAGUGCUCAAAGCGUCAGCACACGCAGGCGAACAGCAGCGCCCGCAACAGCGCUCGUGCACCAAGGAGAGCCUGUUGGCAGCAGGCUGCACCCUCUGGGAGGGAGCGGAGACAGGACCUUUGAAACCAAGUCACCUCGGAUUGAGGACUUUAACAUAACUGACCUCCGACACUCAGUCUCUCCCCCUCUCCCACUUCGCCCGUUCCCGGGGCAGGUACAAGUGUGCAGGCGCUGCAGCUGGGGGGCUGCAGUCAGCGCCAAAAGCAGCAGUCCCUCUCUGGCUGCGCAAGGCCAGGGUCCCCCCUCUGCCAUAAGGACCCUGUGCUCCAAGCAGGUCUCAGGCUCUGCCGAUCUCCUGUCCGAAGAGGCUGAGCUCUCCUUGCAACCCCACAGAGUGCCAUCGCUUUCCUCCUUGAAUCUGCUGCGGUAUGAGAAGGCCCCCAUUCCCCAACUUUUGAAGAGACAAUCUCCUCCCGACUGUCACGUCCUGCUUCCUCAGCCGUGCUCUCUCUGCCAAGCCUGGGCAGGGCCUUCUUAUCAGUCCCAUGAGGGGCCGCAGCGCUUGCCCAGCCUCGAGAGCGUGGACGAGCCCCUGCAGGGGACAGAGGAGGAACUGCUUCAGCAGCAGCUCUCCCACGUGGACGUGGAGGAAAGCUCCAUGGGGAAGGCUGACAGUCCUGAAUGGCUUCUGCCUCCGUCCUCCAACAACCUGAUAAAGAUCCAGACUGGGAGGCCCUCAUGCAGCAAGAAGGGAAAAUGUGAUAAGUUUGGGGCCGUCCUGGGAAUCUCCAGGCUGGACCCAGCCCGCCUGCCCAAGCACUGGAUCAGGCCCCAGGUGGAGGUGCUGGACCCAGACGUGGAAGCCAAGCAGCAUGAAGGUGCCCAGGCUGUCUCCAGGCGCAGUCAGGAGCGUCAGAAAUUUGGCAGCCAGGGAUCAGAGCUCAGCAGCUCAAAGCUCCUCCCAGAGGUGGGAGCCGCAAGAGGAGAACAUCCCUUGCCGCCUCUGAAGAAGAUCCUGGAGCCCAGCAGCCCUGUGCCCUGGAAGCCGGGUGCCUUGCUGGACUCCAUUAAGCCAGCCCCAGGUGUGACCGUCAGGGACGGUGGCAGCGUGAAGCGAGGGCCCUGGCUUCCCUCUGAUGGGGAGGAGGAGACGGAGGAGGCCGAGAGGGACCUGAGACCCAUCUGCCCCGUUGUGCCGUUACCGGCCCUUGCUGUGAAGCAGGUCACGGGCAAUCACGGUCCCCAGAUCCAGCACAUGUCCCACAUGUCCACGAGGCCACGGGAUCAGUGGGACCAGGAAGCGAGGGAAGGGAGCAACCCACCAGCAGAGAGGGAGCCGAGACAAACAGAAACAUCCCCGAGCAGCCCCCAGCCCAAGGGGGAAAAGCCAAAACCUCACCACAGCGCUCUCCUCAAAACCUCCCCACAGCGCUCUCCUCCGGGCGAGGAAGUCGGGGCAGCGGCAGCCGGCCGUGACAGCACCGAGACUAUUAAAGCACGAAGCAGGCUAACGCCGAACUCCGAUUCCUGCAUCGGGGAGACAGCCCAGCGCAGCCAGCGGGCUGCGGAGAAGUUAAACGGGAUGAAGCGCUUCAAAGGUCACGGCAACUGGGGAGCUUCUGAUCACUGGGCAAAGGCAAGCGGCCCCCGAGACCCCGGAGGGUGGCGGAGCGAAGCCCCUCCCGGGCCCGCGAAGGCGGCUGGCAGCAGCCAGGGAGGAUUCGCCAAGGGCACAUCGCGCCCGACCGACUUCGACGGAGGGCCGGGACGUCGGAGGCCUCGGCUCUCGCAGGGCCCCUGA